GUCCACAUUCCGGUGCAGCAGAGAGCGCUCACACUCGCACGGCCCAGCCCGGUGAGGCGGCGUCAGAGGAGCGCAGUUUCCGUCCCGUGGGCCGCUGCAGCUGAGCCCGGACAGAGCCGUACAGAGCCUGUGGAGCGAGGGAGUUGGCACACGUUUCCGCGGCUGUGUGUGCGAUCCGCGGGGCGCACUGAGGACCAUGGCCGUGCAGGGGACCACCGCGGACCUCUCUGUGCCCGUGUUGGAUCUGGAAGAGGACGAUGAUUUGGAAGUUUUCUCAAAGACCUCUGUGGCUGAUGGAAACCCUCUACCCACCUCUCCUAGCUCCAUGACCAACCAGUAUCACCUGGACCACGAGGACCCAGAGGAGAGCCUGGAGAAGAAUCCAGAGCAAAGGGAGAGAGACCUCUUCAUCACUGUGGACAACCCCGAGAGUCAUGUGACUGCCAUCGAGACCUUCAUCAUUUACAGAGUUCUCACUAGGACCACACGGGGGGACUUUGACUCCAGCGAGGUGGAGGUGCGGAGAAGGUACCAGGAGUUCUCAUGGCUCAGGAGCAAAUUGGAGGAGAGUCACCCCACCCUCAUCGUCCCUCCUCUGCCAGAGAAGUUUGUGAUGAAGGGCAUGGUGGAGCGCUUCAAUGAUGACUUCAUCGAGACCAGGAAGAGAGCUCUGCACAGAUUCCUCCAGAAGAUCUCAGUUCACCCAGUCCUGUCCCACAGCCCCCACCUCAAGGCCUUCCUCACUGCACAGGACCUGACCCCUCAUAAGAAGGGCCCAGGGCUGCUGAGUCGCAUGGGGGACACGGUGCGCUCCAUGGCCCAGUCAGUGAGGGGCGUGCGGGGCCGAGCCGAAGAGUUCAACUCCCUCCAGGACUACAGCGAGCGCUUCAGCUCCACCAUCAGCUCUGUGGACAGGGUCACACAGAGGGUCAUCCGCGAGCAGAGAGAGUACCUGGAUGAGCUGCGCCAGUACAGCCCCACCUAUAGCCAGUGGGCGGAGCUGGAGGAGGGCCUAUCAGAGCCUCUGAAGGGCAUGGCCAGGAGCCUAGAGCUGAUUGGUCAGGAGACAGAGGCGCAGUCCCAGGAGCUGUCUGAGGUGCUGGAGCCAGUGCUGCAUGAGUAUGUGCUGUGUGCUGAUACUGUCAAGACGGUGCUGAGGCGCAGAGACAACAUCCAGGCCGACUUUGAGGUGAAGAACGAGACUCUGACCACGAAGAAAGUGGAGCAGGACACGUUGCAGGAGGAGGUGGACGCUCUAGCUGACCGCUUGGAGCAGGCUAAUGUGGCCCUGAGAGCAGACUGGAAACACUGGAGGAGCAAUCUGAGGACAGACGUGAGAGAGGCUCUAGUAUCCACGGCCGAGAGGAACGUACAGUACUAUGAGAAGUGCCUGGCCAUAUGGGAGUCCUUCUUGCUGUCCCAGAAAGUGGACCCAGCUCAGCACCAGAACCUGGAGCCCUCCUCCUGAAGAUCGUCCCACACACGUCACCACAGGGGCCCUGAAGUGCUCACCACUGCUGAGGCAAAUGUCCUACCACCAGGGGGCCCUAAAGUACACAACCCCCCCCCCCCCCCUCCUGAAGAACCAAAUCUCCCACUGCCAGAGGGCCCCUGAAGUUCAUACAAACCCCCUCCUCCUCUUGUACAAGAGCCAAAUGUCCCACUGCCACAGGGGUCCUGAAGUGCACUCAGCCCCUCCCCUUUAAAGCUUUAAAAGUGCUGUACAUGAUUUUUAUUGUUGUGGAAAGUAGAAUCAGUUCUUUAUACACAGUUUAAAGUGGUCCAAAGUUAUUCCUCACUUACCUUAUGCAUUCUGAACAUCUGCAGUUUUGCAGUGAUAGUAAAGCUAAGAACAACUAGCAUGCUAACACACACUUCCUGAUUAUUGUAGCAUAAGACAUUUUAUAAUUAGAUGCAGACAGUGUGCAGCAGACUUAUUUUGACCUCAAGAGCUGCUUAUACUAUAUACAGGGACAAGACACAUUUUGCUUAAAUGCAUGAAAAUAAAUAAAAUAAACAUCAGGUACAGAGCCUUUAAGAGCCAAAUGUCCCAUCCCCAGAGAGGCCCUGAAGUGCACACGCCUCCUCUCGCACCUGCCUUACAAAGCCAGAGACCAAAGACAAGCAUUCCACAACACUAGAGUUCACAAGCACAGGGAGGAGACUGAGGGGCUUAAAGUACAUAUGACAGGCUUUAUCAUGUACAUGUGCUAAAUACUGAUCAUAGUUUCACAGCAUUUAAAGGAACUGAAUGUAUCCUGUGCUUUUACACUUUAUAAAAAUGUUCCACAAUCACAACUGAACCUGUGUCUCCAGAGCCUUAAACUGCAGACAGAGACACUUCCAAGUUUCUCUCAUUCUCAGUUUAUGAACAGGACUCAUGUAAAGCUCAGAACCUCCAGAAUUACCUCCCUGAGCUGCAGAGGCCGCACUAGCACUGAAUCAGGAUUGACUGCAGGUGGUGGGGUUAAGGUAGUGAGACUCAUUCUGCUUUCUCAUUGGAUAAUCACCUUGACAACAAAAACACACCACAUCAUGCCCAAUGUUUUAGUAUUUAAGAAUAAGUCAGCAUUACAUUUGUUAUCAGUAAACGUUAUAUUUGAUUUGAACAUAUUUUAUAUCUGGGGACACAGAAAGGUCCAGUUUACUCAGUUCUUACAUACAGUUCCUUAAAGUGGCAGACCAUCCAAAAUGCAGAGAUUAUUUAUGCACAAAGAAGGCACUUUCCCAGCAUUCUUCCCUGUCAUAUGCACGUUAAGGUGUGUUCCACUAACUGUACAGAUACCUUGAAUGAACCUUUGUUUACUAAAAUAAUUGUAAGUUUAACUUUUAUUUUCACUAAGAUGCCAAAACACAGCACUUGUUACCAUAGCAACCAUAAUAACAUGACUCAGGUGGGGAAUAGUGUCUGUGCUUGGUGCUUGAUCAGAUUUUUGAACCAGCAACCCUUUGUUGACCAGACCAAUAUGCAAGCCGCUGCACUUUAGACACGUAACUAAUGCACCAUGAUCAUUAGUGGAGAUUUGUAAACAUUUUACAGACUUUUUUUUUUCAUAAGGGAAUAUCUAGGACAGUGAAAUAAACAUGCACUAGGUCCAAAAUGUAUUGUUGUGAGCUUUAAGCCAUGUCAUAAUGCUGCUACCUCCUCAAAGACAUAUCUGGAGUAGUUGUGUCAAUUCCAGGUCUGAAACUAUCCAAAUGAUUCUACUGAAGUUGUAUGGAAUUUAAAAAGAACUAACCUAAACCUACAUUAACACACACGUGCAGGGUUUGUGUGUUAAACAUGUAUGAAUAAAACAAAACACAUCUCCAGGUCUGUUUGUGAUGAGGAAAGUGCAUAACAGAUCAGACAACAGCAUAACACAGGCCCUUCUGAAAAAAUAUGCCUUUUAAAUAAUAAAAUAUCAGUCAGAUAAAUCAGAUAUAAUUGUCCCUUUAGCACUGGAGAGUUUUACAUCUCUGUGUAUUAAACAUUUCAGCUUGCAUACAUUUCACCAUUAUGUGCCUUUGUUGAAAAACACUAUGAAUAAAUGUUUCAGAAAUUGGACCUGAGACAAACUAAUUAACACUACGUUGCUAAAUAAAGGGACUGACUGUUCAUUAUUUCUGCAGAAUUUGAACCAAACUGUUGUUUUGUAAAUAUGGCUGUGCUCAUUUGUAACUGCUCCUCUGAAAUAUAACCUCUGGUGAUGGUGCUAGCUCGACUGAUUCAGAACACCUUCAGUUCACAGCAAAAAUGAUAAAGAUGCACUGUGUCACUUUUCUGCUUAUCUCCAUGGAGAUGUUAUUGCUUUGCCUGGAAUGUUCCAGAGUAUUGCAUUACAUUUACCCAUGUUGUAUUUGUUCAAUUACAGGUCUUUCAGCUGCACAUUAAUUUCUUCAGUGCGCUGUGAGCGUGCUCCCCUCUCCACAGAUCUGACCUGUAACUUACUCAUCUGUUUGUCGUCAUGGAUAAUGAUGAGUUUGCCAUGUCAUACUGUGAAUAAUGUAGGCAAAGCAGUAACAGCUCCACAGAGACCAGCGGGUGUCACACCCACCACCAGAACAGUUACAAAGUGCUCCUUUAAAUGAUCGCUGUGAUUACGGACGCACCCAGCUUUAGAUUUUGAAGCUUUUGCUUAUCUGUCGAUAUCACCAAAUACAACUGCUGAGACUACGCAUUUAUGUAAGCAUUUAUCUCCAUUUAUUUCCUUAAAACAAAAAUGAAAUAGAAUAAACCUGGUCUAAAUGUAUUCUGUAGCUGUUUUUAUCUCAUUUAAGUACACAACAGUUUUGUGUAAUUAAAAGUGAAACCAUCAGGAGAUGUUCUGGUUCAGCUAUGAACAACACAGUCAUCUUACAUUCAUUCAUUCAUCAAGGAUAUCAGCAGAACUGAUAUCUGGAAACUGAUCCAGCACAUUUUUAAGUAUCUGUGCCAAUAUCCAAUACCAGUAUCAGAUCAGUGCAUUCCUAGCACUUAUAUUAGAUUUUUUCCUAUUACAUGAAACGAGUCACACGAACAAGGUGAUAAUAAUAAUAAUGAUAAUAAUAAUGAUAAUAAUAAUGAUAAUAAUAAUAGUGAUGUUUACGUUCCUGUUUGUUUCUGUGAAUACUUUGUGCAUGCCUCUACAUUAGCCAUGUGAUGUAAACCAGCUCUUCUACCAGACCAGUCCUCUUACGCAGGGCCAAGACAUGUCCACUUUAGUUUCACAGUGAGGACAAUGGGACGAGCCAAAUACACAAAUAAUUAUUAUUUUAGUCUAUUUCUUGGGUAAAAAGUCACAUACUGUAGCUUUAUAAUAAAGUGAUGGCCCUUUGAAUACCUGCAGUAACAUAUUAGAUUUUCCUAUACAUGGACCAAUCAGAGUACUAUAUUCUGAAUAUUUUGAAUACUCUCACACAGCUGCAUUUAAAUGAAAGGAUAAAGAUGGAACGUGGGAUGAAAGACACCUUCAAGUUUGUUUCCAGUUUGUGAUGGAUGUCCUCUCACAAACUGGAGACAAACUUCAUAUGACAGAUAUGCACACACUAUUAGACUGAUUUUUGUUUGUUUGUUUCCUUUCACUGACUCUGUGCAGUUUGAAGCCAAAAUUGUGUAAUCAAGUACUGUAAUUUCAAAAAGUAACUGUAUUCUGAAUACCACCAAAUGAAAAAGGAACUGUACCAGAAUACUGAUAGUCAGCAUUAGUAUUCUGAAUGUGUACUCACAGUACAUGUAUUCAGUUAUUUCCCAAAUACUGACCCUAUUAUUCUGGCCUCCCCUAAUCUAAAAAAUGCAGUUUCUACAAUAUGAUAUUAUAAUGCAAAAACGGCUUCUUCCAAUUCCGAGAGUCAUCUGCUUUCUCUCUCUCUGUCUCUCUCUCUGUCUCUGUCUGUCUCUGUACACAUGUGGGAUCAUGAGUACAUACUGUAGAUAUAUUUUGACUCAUAAUUAUGGAGAAUUAUGAAUAAUAAAGUCCCAUGUGAUGAACAGUUUGGGUGCCACAGGGGUACGGUUUGGACAGUGCCUUGUGUCUUAUUUAAGACUAAUCCUUUUGUACUGAUGUGAUUUUCAGUGUGUUUUUGUAAAAUGAUGCAGACCAUUGUGUGACAUAAUAAAGACUGAGAUUACACUGAG